AUAUUCUCGCGGUGCUUGAACCAGCGGAAGUGACGUCGCCGCUCCGAGGACCUCAGGUGGAUCGCUGCGGCCCCUCCUCCCAGAGCGGCAGCCUUUUCCCGCGCGUGCUGUCUUCGCCGCUCAGGCAGCCGGGGGGGAAAACAUGGCGUCUGCCCUGGAGCAGUUCGUGAACAGUGUCCGACAGCUCUCGGCUCAAGGGCAAAUGACACAGCUUUGUGAACUGAUCAACAAGAGUGGGGAACUCCUUGCGAAGAACUUAUCCCAUCUGGACACUGUGCUCGGGGCUCUGGAUGUACAAGAACACUCCUUGGGCGUCCUUGCUGUUUUGUUUGUGAAGUUUUCUAUGCCCAGUGUUCCUGACUUCGAAACGCUAUUCUCACAGGUUCAGCUCUUCAUCAGUACUUGUAAUGGGGAGCACAUUCGAUAUGCAACAGACACUUUUGCUGGGCUUUGCCAUCAGCUAACAAAUGCACUUGUGGAAAGAAAACAGCCCCUGCGAGGAAUUGGCAUCCUUAAGCAAGCCAUAGACAAGAUGCAGAUGAAUACAAACCAGCUGACCUCAAUACAUGCUGAUCUCUGCCAGCUUUGUUUGCUAGCAAAAUGCUUUAAGCCUGCCCUUCCAUAUCUUGACGUGGAUAUGAUGGAUAUCUGUAAAGAGAAUGGAGCCUAUGAUGCAAAGCACUUUUUAUGUUACUAUUAUUAUGGAGGGAUGAUCUAUACUGGGCUGAAGAACUUUGAAAGAGCUCUCUACUUUUAUGAACAGGCUAUAACUACUCCUGCCAUGGCGGUCAGUCAUAUCAUGUUGGAAUCAUAUAAAAAGUAUAUUUUAGUGUCUUUGAUAUUACUUGGCAAAGUACAACAGCUACCAAAAUAUACAUCUCAAAUUGUGGGUAGAUUCAUUAAGCCUCUUAGCAAUGCAUACCACGAGUUAGCACAAGUGUAUUCAACCAACAACCCCUCAGAACUCCGAAACCUGGUGAAUAAGCACAGUGAAACCUUCACUCGCGAUAACAACAUGGGGCUGGUGAAGCAAUGCUUGUCAUCUCUUUAUAAGAAGAAUAUUCAGAGGCUAACAAAGACCUUUUUAACUCUAUCAUUACAAGAUAUGGCAAGUCGUGUGCAGUUAUCUGGACCUCAGGAGGCAGAAAAAUAUGUUCUGCACAUGAUAGAAGAUGGUGAGAUUUUUGCAAGUAUUAACCAGAAGGACGGUAUGGUCAGUUUCCAUGAUAACCCUGAAAAAUAUAAUAACCCAGCCAUGCUUCAUAACAUUGAUCAGGAGAUGCUGAAGUGCAUUGAGCUGGAUGAGCGGCUGAAAGCCAUGGACCAGGAGAUCACAGUGAACCCUCAGUUUGUACAAAAGAGUAUGGGCUCACAAGAAGAUGAUUCAGGAAACAAACCAUCCAGUUAUUCUUGAAACUAACAUCCAUCCUGAGCUAAACAAGAGAAACUACCAUCUUGGCCAGUGACAAGUGUUUGGAGGGCAGCAGAGAGGACCAAGCCUGUGUCACCUGGAGACUAAGAAAUAAAGUUUUGUUUUGACAUCUUCAGUCCUGUGUGCUUUCAGAAAACCAUUCUCUCUGCAAAGAAAGGAAACAGAUUUGCAAACUUUAAAGUCUGUCGUGGAUUUAUUUAUCCUCAGAUUAUUGUUAUUGCAUUAAAUCUACCUUUUUGUUUUAA